UGAUAACAAGUACAAGCGUGUAAGAACGAAGCAAAGCUACGUCAAUACAUCAGUACGUUCCGAUCAUCAUCAACAAGAUGAUACCAUACGUGCUAGUGAUUGUAGCACUCGCUACACUAUUUUACUUAAGAUUCGUUAAACCCUUGAAUUACUGGAAUGACCGAGGAGUGCCCAAUGUUAAAGGUAUUCCAGUAUUCGGAAAGCAAGCCGCCGUAAUUUUCAGGCAAAUAUCACUGUUGGAAUGGCUGAAACGCGCAUACAAGGAAUGUCCUGGUACAAGGUAUCACGGAAGUCAUCAAUUCAAUAGACCUAUACUCGUGAUUAAAGACCCGGACUUAAUCAAACAGCUACUCGUAAAGCAAUUCAGCAACUUCGUCAAUCGCAUCGACAUCAUCAACAAAGACAUGGAUCCGUUCCUCGGAAACAGUUUAUUGUUUUUGCACAACGAAGACUGGAAGACGAUGAGAUCAACUUUGAGUCCCGCCUUUACCGGCAGCAAAAUGAAGGAGAUGAGCAAUUUGAUGAUACAGAUAUCACACAAGUUUUUCGAGUAUCUGAGGAAGAACGGAAAAUCAAAAUUCGCUGUAGACAUGAAAGAUUUAUCCACGAGAUUCACUAAUGAUAUCAUAGCUAGUUGCGCUUACGGCAUUGAAUGCAACUCGCUGAAAGAGAAGGAAAACGAGAUUUAUUCUUUGGGCAAAAACAUGACGAACUUGACUUAUAGCAGGAUCAUGAAAUUUUUCGGCUUCAGCAAUGUGCCUAAAUUAAUGAAAUUGCUGAAUAUUACGGUGUUUCCUCGUAGUACCAACAAGAAAUUCGGAAGGAUAAUUAAGGAGUCUUUGGCUGCCCGUGAGAGUAGCAACAUCUUUCGUCCUGAUAUGAUUCAACUGCUGAUGAUGGCCAAAAAGGGUAAUCUCGAAUACCAAGAGAAUGUAAAAGAUGAUGACACUGGAUUCGCUACUGUUGACGAGCAUUAUACGAAAGAAUCGAAAAAUUUAACUGACGACGAUAUCGUCUCUCAAGCCUUGCUGUUUUUCUUUGCUGGAUUUGAACCAGUUUCGACCACUAUAAGCUUCAUGGCUUUGGAAUUAGCGUUGAAUCCGGACAUACAAGAUAAAUUAAUAAAGGAGAUCGAUGAGGCCGGCGCAAUUGAUUACAGUAAACUUUCUUCACUGAAGUAUCUAGAUAUGGUUGUAUCAGAAACUUUAAGGAAAUGGCCGCCAGUUCCAGUGGUCAACAGGAGAUGCACAGUUCCAUUUGUGCUGAAAGCUGAAAGACCUGAAGAAAAAGAUUUGCAUGUAACCAAAGAAAACGGUAUUAUAGUACCGACUAUUGCUAUGCAUUAUGAUGAGAAGUACUACCCGAACGCGCACAAGUUCGAUCCCGAGAGGUUUUCAGAGGAGAACAAAGAGAAGAUUAACCCAUAUACCUAUUUACCGUUCGGGUCUGGGCCGAGGAACUGCAUCGGUUCGAGGUUCGCUUUGAUGGAAAUAAAGAUGUUCUUUGCCGUCGCUCUAAAAUUCUUCACGAUCGAGGCUAUAGAGAAGACUGUUAGCAAGAUCGAGAUGAAUCCGAAAAAUUUUCUGUUGACGCCGAAGGGGGGAUUCUGCGUUGGCUUCGCACUCAGAACUAACUAAAUAUUUUUCCGCAGUGGACUUUGUCAGUCGCUAUCUGUAUUUCAAGUAAAGCGCACGUUGAAUAAAAACAUUCGUUAAUUAGAAA